AUGUCUACAUAUUACAGCUUUGACUGGACGAUGUGGCUUAUGAGAAACUUCCCAUUGACCAUCUACUUUCACGACAUCGCCACUUAUCUUCCCUCUUAUCUUAAGUUUGGCUACGAGCAACGGAACGUUAUGACCGAGUUAAUGACCAAUCUCCUUCACGUUAACCUUUCGUCGCCCGAAUUGAAGAACCGAGCAACUCUUAUUGGCAACAUGACGAAACCAGGGAGCUCAAGAAAUGGCGCACCCCUCCCAGAGUCGGCUCUCUUGGAUGAAGCAAUUGGAGUUAUGCAUGGGGGAGUUCUCGACAUCUCCAACGUGCUACCUUACGGAACAUUCCACCUGGCCCAAGAUCUUAAAUCCCAGCAGACGUUGUAUGAAGAACUCAAGCAGGUUUGGGAAGAUCCGGCAGGUCCUAUUCCAGACUACGAAAUUCUUCGAAAGCUUCCCUAUUUGAGAGGUGUAGUCAAAGAAAGUCUCCGUUGCACGCAUGGUGUUAUUUCCGGUAUGCCUCGUGUGGUUACAGCCAACGGUGCUACGAUUGAUGGGAAUUUCAUUCCGCCUAAGACCAUCGUUGCCACCUCUUCCUUCUAUGUUCACAUGGAUCCGACCGUUUUUCCAGAGCCCGAAAAGUUUGACCCGGAGCGAUGGGCAACAGAUGAUCCUCAACUUGAGAGAGCCUUCGUUCCAUUUUCAAAGGGACGCAGAAUGUGUCCUGCCUCAAAGUGA